CCUGCAUGUGUGGUGGACGCGGGGCCGCCAGCGCUGGGUGUCCAGGGACGUGGGCCCGUCCUGCUAUCCAGCAGCAUUGAAGUCGCCGGCCGAUUGGCCGGCAGGAAGAAGCCGCGGGAAGAAGCCGCAGGUUCUUCACUUUUUUUUGGAGACUCUAUAUUUUUAUAAAGAAUGGCACCUAAAACAAUGGAACCAAUAGCAAGGCGGCUCUUUAAGGGAGUUUUGUUUGUGGAGGUUGCAGGAGUAAUAGGAGCAUACUGGCUCUUCCAUAGAAUGAAUGCCAGUCAAGAGUUCAGAUAUAGGGUAAACAGAAGGUUUCCCUCCAUUUUGGAAGUUUAUUAUAAAUCCAAUGAAUGGGCGGGAAUUUAUGGAAUUAGAGAACUGGAUCAGGAAACCUGGUCCAGCAAACACAACCAGUAAAUAUUCUCUUGGCCCUGAAGUUCUUCUGCCUUCGGAGUGUAUGUGGAUCUUUGCCUCUGAUCCAAGCAUCACGAUCAGAUUCCCACUGUAGCUGCUUUAUACCUGUGAAAGUGAUAAAUGUUUGAAAAUCAGUAGUGAACCAUAGAAUUUUUCAAAUGGGGAAGUUUCCCCAACAAAUCUACAUUGGUAGAUUUUAACCAAGUGGGAGGAAGUCCUCUCUUGAUAAAAUAAUAAUCAAUAAGGAAAUUAUCUGAUUUUCACAAAUGUAAAUAUAUUUUUCAACAUUUUAAGCUAAAGCAGAUUGAAAAAAUGGAAUGGAUGGGACUUAACAAAUCAAAUAAAAACUUUUUAUGGAG